CGCCUUGCUCUUUCCCCGCCACUCCUUCGUCCGACCUCGCAUAACUUAUGAACUAAAUCUGUUUAGGUUGCGAUACAGUGUAGGAUACGGCGAUGUCUGACGAUGAUCCUAUCUUCGUCGCUGGGGACGGCAGUCCGCUCAAGAUUUUUGUCGAGCCGACUGACGUACCGGACAGGGCGGCAAGGCUCAUAAAGAAACUCAAGAAAAGUGGUGCAGAUAUAAGGAUUAGUCCUAGGGAUGCUGAUAUAAUUGUCGUGGGCGAAGAUGUUGACAUUCGGCGCAAGGUGGUGAAUAGCAGCAAGGACAAGAUUAUCCUGGAUUAUAAAUGGGUUCAGGCCUCCUUGAAGCGUGAUGCAGCUUACUUGGACAGGGAAAACUGGGGUCGAUACCGAGUCUUUCCUGAAGACCGAGAAGACGAGUGCGUGUUAGUACAUGCUGUCCACGGAGUUAGCCAAGAAUUGACUCUAAAAAGUGCACUACCUACUCCUAGACCUACGCCCGUCAACGACUCCGCUUCUGCUCAGAACACUGUAUCGAACUCUCUGGCUGCCCAUGUACAACUAUUACCCUCGCAUAUACCCACCGCUCCAGCUCAGUUUUCGUACCCUCUCCCAAACAGCCAACUCAACCCGCAAUUGACGACCCUGCUCCAGCAGCUAGUAGCUGCAAAUAGCUCCGUCCUUCCACAGCAGUCUGCACCUCAUACUCAACAUUGGGCCGCGGAUCCUGCCACUCUCCUUUCGGGCCCAACCAUGCUGAUUCCGGUGCAGCUGCAGCAGCGAAUUCUUGACCACAUGCUGAGCCUGUCGCCCAAUAGCAGUCUUAGUUGGCAGCUCGCUCAGCUCGUCGAGCAGUUCACUAAGCAGCAGGCCUCCGGCCACGGUAUCGUACCUGGGCUGUCCACGCUUCCCCAGAUUAAUCAUGCCCCUCUUUCCUCCCCUACGCAACCGCACAUGCCUCCUCCACUCUCCGGAUACAAUCAUAUGUCUGCCCCACCUUUCACAUUCCAGCAGGGUAGCUCGAGUAAUCUGCCUUCAUUCGGACAAGCGGGUUCAACGUCAGCAUCGCAUCCAUCUGAAUCCAUUUCGGCAACGGUCCCAGUCAAGCGUGAGCGGCUAGGCAGAGACGACGCUUCUUCCCGCCAGAAGAAGCAUCGGAAGCCCAGCGCUGAGGACAGCGACGAUGAGAGACAGGCCCGUGCAACCCCGGAGCGGUCAGCUAAGGAAACCCCAGGACUUUUUGUCGAUAGAAAGGGAAGACCUAUUCCUAUCUAUGUGCAACACGCAAAGUGGCGAAACAAGUACGUGCCGGAUAUCCAGAAAUUCGGUGGGAAGAUUGUCGCGAACAUUGCGGACGCAGACUAUGCAGUGCUGUUCACCCAGGCAUUGGGCUCCUGGGACUACCUGCGCACCGCGGUCGAGGCUGGCACGCCUGCGGUGAAGGCUUUGUACAUCACGGAUUGCCUCGCCAAGGGCAAGCUCCUCAAUUCUUCCGCGUACUCCUUUGAGGGUUCUCAGUUGAAAGACGAACAUGGGAACAUGUACGUGGCGAAGUUGGCCGAACUUCGCGCGCAGUCGAGGGAGGAAAAGCAAAAGAAAGCCCCAAGGAAUCACCAAAGCUCUUCGGAAGAGGAAGAAGAGGAGGAGGAAGAGGAAGUGAGCGAGGACGGUAAAGCAGUCAAGCGAAAGAAAUUGGCCGGUAACCGCUUUACGGAGGAAGAGUUGACUCGAGCACGCGAAUAUAUCAAACAACUUUUCGAGAAGGAGCCUAAUGCAUCUAGCGCGGCAGUAUGUCAGGCGCUCUGCCAAAAAAUACCCACCCACAGUGCCGCCUCAUGGAGCUUUAAGCUCGGCGGAUUCGAAGGUUCUAUCGAACUUGCUCGUAAGCAAAUGAAAGCUAGAGCAAAAGCUGAGCAAAAGCCUGCGAAAGAAGAUAGUGCACUGGCAGAUCCCGCGCCCGCAUCGCCGCCAGCCCAGCCAAUAGCCGAGCCUCAACCUUCUGCUCCAGAGCAGCCGCAAGAAGGCCCUUUCCAUGAGGAUCUUGCUGCGAUCGUGGACCAAUUUGUGCAGGUGGUCAAUGGACAGUACAACAAUGAAACUGACGAAGAAGUGUUCGCAAUUCUUUCGGACAGGGCUGCUUGCAGGACUGCGGCUUCUUGGCAAGAAUUCUACACCAAAUAUCAGGACGUCAUUGAAAACCUAGUUCAAGAAUUUACUAGCAGUACACAACAACCGGCAUGAUUUUCGAGAACGAAAUGGACAUUAUUCUUUCAUGUUUAUAUAUAUAUUAUCCAAACAUGUCAUGUGUCUGGACAGUUUUCGGCCACGGUAUGGAGGGGGACGUGCGAAGCAAUACAAGAUCAUUUACGUAGGGAAUACCCGCAGAAGUGGCACCGUACAGGAUGAUAGAUCUUGCUUGUCAGGCAUAUGUCGAAGUUCGGGACUCUCAAGUUUUCUAGAGACAAAACCGGUAUUCUUUUAACAGCGCAUGCAGAUAUCUAUUGGAUGAUCCCGUACUGGAGGAUGACAUGUCCUGGAUGUAACGCAACUGUUCAUUCCUGAGUUUGACUGCUAAGACUUGGAUGAGGCUGCUUGAAGAACCGCUUUCUUCUUUCCUCCUUAGUUUCUUCCGAAGAACCCGCGAUGUCCCCGCCACCGUAAUCGAAGGUUCCGACAGCGGCUCCGAGGACUGCGCAGGAUGCAAUGGCAGCUGGUAUUGAGCGAGCUGUGGACGGAAAGGAU